AUGCCUGAUGAGAAGACAUUUUUUCGACAUAUUGAUGUCAAAAUUUGGGAUCUGCUGCAAACUGGUCGUGGUGCAAACAUUCUUCAAGGCUCUGUAUCCUUUAAGGAUGACAACCUAGAGUAUUGUACUGAAAUCUUGCCAGGUAUGCAUGAUCUGAGCAAGCUAAGAUCAUGGUGGGAGGACCUUGCCCAGGAUGCAACUAAUACCGACAAUCGCAACCAUACUGAUGGGUUUGUCCAGGGGAUUCAGCCAUGGAUGUGGGCUGCGGACUACGUACGCAAGUAUAAUACUGACUGGGAGAAGGAAGUCUGUGCUGCAGGCGACUUACGUCUGUCACUACCUAUGAUCCCACAUGGCUCGAUUGGCCCAGCCACAGCUAUCCGCCAGGCAAUCCUUCCCUGGUUUGUAGCCGUCAAGGCCGAUGGCACUACUCUGGAUACCCCAGAGUCAGGUUCGUGGGAGGAGAUCUCGGCAGCUCACCGCGAUAUAGUAGCUAUCCCCGCACUCCCUCAGGCCAUAGCAGUGCUGUUCACGGCUGUAUAA